AUGGUGGUGUCUCCCCCUUGUAUGAGCGAGGCGGACCGCUACAGCCUGGAGGCCCUGAGGAAUAUCCACCAUAUGAUGGACGAUGAUCAGGAUGGAGGGAUUGAGGUGGAGGAGAGUGUGGAGUUCAUCAUCGAGGACAUGAAGCAGCAGCAGACUAACAAACACAACAACCUGCACAGAGAGGACCAACACAUCACUGUGGAGGAGCUCUGGAGGGGGUGGAAGUCUUCCGAAGUACAUAACUGGACUCAAGAUGAGGUGCUUCGUUGGCUCAAGGACUUUGUUGAACUACCCCAGUAUGAAAGGAAUUUUAAAGACUUCAAGGUCAAUGGAAACACCCUGCCCAGGAUUGCAGCCAACGAGCCUUCAUUCCUCAGUGGCCAGCUGAGGGUCCAGGACCAGAGAGAUAAGCAGAAGCUCAACAUCAAAGCAUUGGACGUGGUGCUGUUUGGACCACCUACACGUCCUCCCCAUAACUAUAUGAAGGACCUGCUGCUGAUUGUAUCAGUGGUGAUGGGGCUUGGCGGCUGCUGGUUCGCCCAGUUUCAGAACAAAGCCAGCAAGAUCCACAUUUCCAAAAUGAUGAAAGACCUGGAAAGUCUGCAGAAGGCUGAACAGAGCCUUAGAGAACUACAGGAACAACUGGAGCGAGCCCAGGAGGAGAAGCGAAACGUUGCUGAGGAGAAACAAAACCUGGAAGAGAAGAUGAGAGAUGAGAUCAUGGGAGCACAGGAGGAGGCCAACCGCCUCCACGAGCUGCGUCAGGGGGCUGUUAGUGAACUCAGCCGACUCCGCUAUGCAGAGGAAGAGCUGGAGCAGGUUCUUGGAGCACUAAAGCAAGCAGAGAAAGACGUGCAGGCCAGCUGGUCUGCCUCAGAAGCCCUUCAGCUGUGGCUGCAGCUAACCCACGAGGUCGAGGUCCAGUAUUACAAUAUCAAGAAACAGAGCGCUGAGUUACAGCUUACCACUGUCAAGGAGGAGGCAGAGAAGAUCAAGAAGAAGAGGAGCUCUUUGCUUGGGACCCUCCACAUAGCCCACAGCUCAUCUCUCGAUCAGGUUGACCAUAAAAUCCUGGAGGCCAAGAAUGCCUUGUCUGAGGUGACAGCAUGCCUGCGGGAGCGCCUCCACCGCUGGCAGCAGAUCGAGCGCCUGUGUGGCUUCCCCAUCCUCAGGAAUACUGGCUUGGCAAACCUCAUGUCUAAGCUCUACUCCGAACCAAGCAUACUUGGGUUGUCCAGGUUGACUCAGCCAUCCUACCCAUGCCACAGCUCAGUCCAAGGAUCAAUGGAGGAUCUGAAAGAUGACCCCACUUCUCCCAUUAAACCACAAAUGCCAGUGGCCAUUCCUCAAAUGAAGCGGUCUCCUCGGUCUCGAGGCUCUGCCAUAUGUCGUUCACGCCGUCCUGGAGUCAUCACCCAGCCCCCAGCCUCCAUGAUUUCCCAAGACCCAGAUAUUCUCAUCCCCAUCCGAGCCCCAUUCUCCUGUUUUGAGGAAGAAGAGGGACUCUUCCAUAACCCUCAGAAAAGACAAGACUCCCAGGAGUUGUUCCCAGACACAGACUACAUGGCUCCACUUCCUGCAAGCAGAACAUUUUCUAGCACCUCCUCCGUUGACUCCACUCACAAGAUAUAUCGGGAUGAUAUGGAAAUGUUUGCCGAUAGCUCUGUUAGAAAGUCCUCCAGUAAAGAACUAGAUGCUGUUGUUGAAUCUCCUGUGUGCAAGAUCUCAGUGGAGGAGUUAGAAAAUUCUGCAGAUUUUUCCUCUAGGAAGAUGGUAAAAGAUAAGUCCAUAGAUAUUCCUUUGGACACUGCUGCUUCAAAGAUGUCUAAGGAGGACACUGACUCUUUGAUAGAUGCUGCUUCGAGGAAGAUAUCAAGAGAUAGAACUGAAGUUUCACUGGAUGCCUCUAUUGAUUUAGUAACUAGCAAAGUUGAUAGAGAUACAGUUGGAGUGUUAAAGGACACAGCCUCAAGGAAUCUAUACAGAGAUAGAAGUGAUUUAUCACUGGAUGUUACAGUUAGAAAGAUGCUUUGGAAUGAAAUAGAAACAUCACCAGAUGUGGUAACCAGGAAAAUAUCAAGAGAUGUGAUGGGGCUUUCUCUGGACAGCGCCUCAAGAAAGACACUGCGAGAUGAGCUUGAGCUUCCAUUUGACUCAGUAUCAAGGAAGAUAAGUAGGGAUUCAGUGGGAAUGUCCCUGGACACAGUUUCUAGGAAGUUAGUCAUGGAUAAAGGAGAAUAUCAACUGGAUUCUCCUGUGAGAACAAUGACAAGGGACAAGAUGAUUGAGACUGCUGCAACUCCACUAAGAAAGAUAUCUAGAGACGAGCUGGAGUAUUCCUCAGAGAGUACCUUGAGAAAGAUACUGCCCAGAGAGAAAAUGGAAGCACUUAUUGAUACCUCAUCUCGUAAGGUCUCUGGAGAGAAGCAGGAGUUUAGUUUAGAGCUGUCGGCAAGCAGGAGAAUAUUGAGAGAUGAACUCGAGAUGCCUGCUGGUUUUGUUAGAAGAAGAAUAGCAAGAGAUAAGAUUGACAGUUCCAUAGACACACCCACAGGAAAAAUGUCCUGGGACAGAGUUGGUGUUGCCUUAGAAAUGCCUAAACAAAAGAUAGUGGGGGAGAAGUUUGUUCUAUCUGAACCAAGCAUAUCUCCAGGUCAAAUGGGGCAGCCAGACCUUACCAUAACUUCCCUGGAAAUGUGGAAUCCAUCCUCUGAUCUUUUCAGCCCUGAUCCAUUAAGCCAGCUUGUGUAUGAUGGGAUCCUAGAGAAAUCCUGCACCUCUAUGGCUACAACUGCAUCUAGCCUAGGUGACCUCUCAGCCUCAACACACUACUCAGCCCAGAGCAUGCUGACCGGCGAGUUAGACCCACCACUGACAUCACCAAGGAUCCCUAUCCCAUCUCCCAGUGCAACAUCCCCUGAAAGGGCACAGGAGAAGAACACAGAUAAGGAAAAGAGCAAGAAAACCUCAAAACUCAAGAACUUUUUUAAAAAGAAAAAAGAUUCAGCUUCUGAAAGGCCUCAAAGUGGCCUUCAGAAGCUUUGA